CGUGGAGCCCGUCACGUGGGGGCGCCGCGUUUCGCUCCUGGUCGUUUGUCAUCCACCCUGUUGGAGGCAGAGAUACCUCCUCACAACCAGAAAGAAACACGAGGGAGCUGAAGUGAGGGGUUUAGAGCUGAAGUGAGGGUUUAAAAGAGAAGAAAUCUCAUCAUCAUUAUGAGAACGAUCAACGGCAGACACUGGUUGUGCUUCUUCCUGCUUGCCUUCCCGCUGUCCUGGGCAGAGGACACCAAGAAAGAUGUGAGGAAGACUGAGAAUGACACAGUUUGGAGCCAAGCGAAGGCCAGACGACUGUUUGCGAGGCGAAACAUUUCUCCGCCACAGGAAAGUAACACUCCUAAACACAAGUCAAACCUCAUGUCCCCUGCACGUCGCUGCGGCCGCCUGAUGGAAAGCUGCUCCGCCCACGUCCUGUGCUGCGACCCCUGCGCCUCCUGCCGCUGUCGACUCUUCAACACCAUCUGUCAUUGCUGGAGGAUGAACCCCCUGUGCUUAAAGAAGACGUAAAUGGAGCACAAAACCCACACGUGAACAGACAAAGCCCAGCACCAGGACAUAUACAGUGGAGACAUGGGAAUGAAAGGGUGAAGCCUGUAUUUUUCAGUCUUCUGAGGCAUGAAUAAGAAAAUACUCACAUAAAUGUUUACAUAAUAUCCAAACACCCAACAUACAGAAUGUAGGUGUAACGUAUGGGUGACGUAUGCUUUUUCAUGUAUGUAGACAAUCAACGUGUAAACUGUGUGUUGUGCCUUGGUUAUUUCCCGCACUAUUGCUGCUUUUGAAUAUCUUUAUCACUUCUGCUCUCCUGCCAUACUAACCUAAGCAUGUGGUAACCCAUAAUAACUAGGUUUAGAUUUAUUUUUUUAACCUUACUGCCGUACAGACUAAAUGUGGAAAAAAAUAAAGCAAAAUCAUAUGUUUUGAGCCAUCAACAGUUAAAAACAGAUAGUUCCGUUCCUAUGUAAAAAAAAUAUGCAUUGGAGAACAAAUUUAAGUCCUGAAAUGUGGACUUAUUAAUAAUGUGGAUUUAUGAGUUAAACUUAGUUUAUAUUUUUGCUAUUGAAUAAAUAUAAGCCUAUAUUAUCCUUGUUUUUGUGCUUUUCCUUAUCGUUUGUUAAGUGGAAAUAUCCUAAAAUGCAUACUGUACAUACAUAAAUAAAUGUUGAAUGACAAGUCACUUAUAUGUGGAUUUAUGAGAGGAAACCAUGUUGAAUUUAGGAAAUAUGAGACACAGCAUCAAAACAAUGCAAAACAAAGUAGUUAUUGCAAAUGUUUGCUGGCAGCUGUCUUGUGGAUAAAUAGGGACUUAAGCUGCUUUGUAUUAUUUUCCAGGACGACAAUGUGGAAAGCCGAAAGAUAAUGAAGAAAAAUCGUAUGUGUAGGGGGCCAACUGUGUAUCCAGGAAGAAUGUGCAUACACACAAUGUUAGUUUG